AAAAAGAGAGAAUUAUGCUUCUUACAGCUUUUGAAGACGUUCGAAAUCCCUCAUCGCAAGAACAUUCGUCUACGCAUUCGUGUUGGAAUUCACACUGGUACGGUAGCAGCUGGUGUUGUUGGUCUGACAGCUCCACGAUAUUGCCUCUUCGGUGAUACCGUAAACACGGCAUCAAGGAUGGAAUCAACAGGAGAACCGGAAAAGAUUCAAAUGUCUGAAUCUUCCAAUGAUAUGAUCAAAAAGUAUUAUCCAGAAUACCAAACGGAGCUCAGAGGAACAAUUCAAGUCAAGGGUAAAGGAGAAUGCACAACGUACUGGUUGUUAGGCAGAGGGUGA